CCGCAUCCUCAUCCCGUCUUUCCUCCAACUCAUGCCUUCGGGAGAUGGCAGUUACACUGACGAUGGCAUCGCGACCUCCAAUGUCGCUCUUGCUGACGAGGUCGAAGCCUUGAACUCCAUUUACGGUUCGGAUACUGUUGUCCUCCAAUCCCCCGCCGGACCUUCGAUCCUCGGGGCUCUACGUCUCCCAGGAUCUGAAAUUUCCCUGCUGAUCUCUUUCCCUGCGGAAUACCCGGAUGUCCCUCCGGAAAUAUUAAAAACACAGUCAACGGGUGACAGUGGGCGGAAAGGAGAGGGUGAGGUCGCCGUCCACAUCCUGCGCGACGUGCUCGCAAGGGUGUGGACCGAGGGCCAGGUGUGCCUGUUCGAUUUGGUCGAGGAAGCUGGUCCGCUGCUCUCACAGAGGCAAUAUGAGGGCGAGCCCGGUGAACUUGCGACGACUCAAGCCGUCGAGCAAAGCGCUGCGAACGCGAAUAGGUCUGCCUCAUCCUCGCACACGCACCCAUCCAUCCACCACGAUGGCCACGCCCUCCUUUCCGAGCCUGGCCACGAAUCCUCCGCGAUGGACGUCCCCUCUAACGCCGCCGUAGCUUCCUCAGAUACACCUCCGCCGAACUGGACCCUUUCGGAGCCCCUGACGGUCAGCCGAUCCACGUUUGUCGCCCGUGCCUGCCCCGUGCAGUCGCUGGAUGAAGCGCAGGCCUCCCUCUCGCAUCUCCUCGCCUCCAACAAGAAGGUCGCCAGUGCCACGCACAACAUAAGCGCCUGGCGCAUACAGUCAGCCCACUCGCAGACUGGCGCGGUCAUCACGGUCCAGGACUCCGACGAUGACGGUGAGACUGCCGCAGGGGGCCGACUGCUGCACCUUAUGCAGCUUAUGGAUGUGUGGAACUGCAUGGUGGUGGUCACGCGGUGGUAUGGCGGGGUCAAACUCGGACCGGACCGGUUUCGGCUCAUCAACCAAGUCGCGAGGGAGAGUCUGGUCAAGGGCGGAUUUGCGAAGGAGCAUGGCGAGGAAAAGGAGACGGGCAAGUCAAAAGGAGGGGGUAAAGGGAAGGGAAAGAGGUGAUAAUGCAGGACGAUGAUGGAGGUCGAGUGGACGGAAUAACCGUGAAUAGUUGGGAGAUAUCAGUUCGCGGUGGUUUGGAUGGAAUGGAAAGAAAACGAUAAAUGAGAAGCAUAGAUCUAAGACGUUUCUCUCUCACAUACUGCCGGGUCAUCAUGAAUCGGGCUGCUCAAGCUACGAGUACACAUACUCAGAGCUACCUCGUGUCAUA